AUGACACAAUACUUCCUCGAUCUCGUAUAUUCCAUGACAACGUGCAUGUCAUGCUUCCCAUCGUCACCAAACCUAACCAUAAACCACCGCUCUUUCAAGAUCCUUCGGCUACUCGGCGAGGGCGGGUUCUCGUAUGUCUACCUCGUGCAAGACACCUCCGGCGCUCUCUACGCCCUCAAGAAGAUCCGCUGCCCGUUCGGCCAGGAGUCCGUCCAGCGCGCAAUGAAGGAGGUCGAAGCCUACAAGCUCUUCUCGCACCCAAACAUAAUCAAGUCGAUCGACUACACCAUCACGACCGACUCUGGCCGCAGCGGGACCACGAUGAUUGGGCGCGACAGCGAGGACGACGGCACGCAGAAGACGGUGUAUAUCCUGCUGCCGUACUUUCGGAGGGGGAACCUGCAAGAUGCGAUUAAUGCGAACUUGAUCAACCAUACGGUCUUCCCCGAGGGGAAGCUGAUGAGGCUGUUUUUGGGCGUGUGUAAGGGCCUGCAGGCGCUGCAUCAGCAUAGGCUUAAGGAGCCUGGCGCGAGGGUUGGCGGCGGGGUUGAGGGCGCGGAGGAGGAGGGGGCGCAGCCGUUGAUGUCGAGUGAGGUGCGGAGCCAGAGGGAGGGUGGGCAGGAGGGUGAUAUUAGGGCGUAUGCACAUCGUGAUAUCAAGCCUGGCAACGUGAUGAUUGAUGAUGACGGCUUAACCCCAAUCCUCAUGGAUUUCGGCUCCCUGACCCCCUCUCCAACACCAAUUACCUCCCGCACCCUCGCCCUCUCCGUCCAAGAUUCGGCCGCCGAGAACUCUACAAUGCCCUACCGUGCCCCUGAGCUCUUUGACGUCAAGACCGGCUCCGUCCUCGACGACAAGGUCGACAUCUGGUCAAUGGGGUGCACCCUGUACUGCGCCCUAUACGGCCACUCCCCAUUCGAGCUAGCCACGGAGGAGUCUGGCGGGAGUCUCGCGCUCGCAGUCUGCUCGGGGAGCUACACGUUCCCGGAGGAAGGUCGUCUCGGCGGUAGGAAGCCGGGGCAGAAGAAGGUCAGCGAGAGCGUGAAGGACGUGGUCAGGAUGUGCUUGAAGGUGGAGCCGAGUGAGAGGCCGGGUAUCUCGGAGCUGAUCCAGAUUGUGGAGAAGGUCAUUUCGGAGUUGGGCGAGGAUGAGGAGGAGUAA